UUUAGCUAUAAUAAAACUGUCAGUAUGGAUAUUCCAUUAGACGUAGCGGAAAAAAUUAUUUUAGUAAUUGACACAGUUAUUGAACCCAAUUCAACUGGAUUCAAAACAAAAAAUGGUGAUAAAUACAAUUCACUUUUGAUGACAAAGCGUAUAAGUGAAAUAUUUAUACACAACAAGUUAUCAUUUAAUUUAAGAAAUGAAUUUGCCAUAAUGACAUUGGAUUCUCAAAACGUUAAUUGGCAUUCUAAUUUUAAAAAAGAAGACAUAAUUCCAUCAUUAGAUGCCAUUAAAGAAAGCAAUGUCAAACAUGAAAAAUAUUUUAAUAUACAACCAAUUUUUAAUAUAGUGCAUCAACAGGUAUCAGAAAAUAAAAAAUUACUUGAUGAUUAUGUGGUUAGGGUAAUAUUAUUGUACACUCGAUCUAAUAUUAUUCCAAGAUUUAAUUUGGCCGAUAGUUCUGUGCAGGAACUUAUCAAGAACUCAAAUUUUUACUUUGAUGUAUUGUACAUACAUGAGUUAAAUUGUCAAAAACACAAAUGUGAAGAAAUUUACAUUGAACUUAAAAAAUUAGACAUUAGAAAUACUUCAUAUAUUAUGGAAGUAUCAAGAGAUGCUGUAGGACUACAUAAUUUAAUGGGGAAGUUUCUUGCUCAUCCAAAACAACGUGUUCCUUUAAAGCAAUUCAAUACAGCCAUCCAUCCAAUGAUACUCAAAGCAUUUGAAGAAUCAAAGAAAAAAGCUGCAUCUGAAAAAUGAUUAAGAUCUACCUCUC